GUAGCCGUGGCUGGAGGAACGCAGGCGCACACCUGUUGGAUUUCUGCCUGCAUCUCGGUCUGUACAUUCCUGCACUUGGGUUGCCAGCAGGCUGGUGUCAUGAUGGCAGCGACAUCCUUGAUUUGUUCCGGGACGGUGAGCAGGGUCAGCUCCGUGCUCAACCGAGACGUGAAGCAGUUUGGGAAGAAGUUCAUGUUUGAUGGGAAUGAGGAGACUUGCUGGAACUCGGAUCAGGGUGCCACCCAGUGGUUGAUGCUGGAAUUUCCGCAGGCCGUCCGGGCAUCCCAGAUCCAGAUCCAAUUCCAGGGGGGGUUUGCAAGCCAGAAGUGUGUUGUGCAAGGCUGCCAGAACGGAGGCAAUCUUUCCCCGGUGGCGGAAUUCUACCCUGAGGAUUCCAAUUCUCUGCAACGUUUCUCCCUCGAGGAAACUCCUCUCGAUAAACUCAAGAUCACCUUUGAAAACAGCACGGAUUUCUUCGGACGGGUGAUUGUCUACCAGCUUGAUGUCCGUGGGGUGAAACUUUGACUCAGGAAGUCCUCGUGUGACUAUUUUUUAAAAAUUUGUGUGCCUUUUUCACAACAGCCAAAACCUCACAAAUCCGAUUCUGCAGUUGUUCUGCGUUGCUUCUGAAAUGGAAGUGUCUCUUUGCCCUGAUUUGCCACUUGAGGACAUCCCAUAAUU